CUGACCAAGAUGGAAGCCAACACAAAUGAGGUUGCAGCAACCGGUUAUGACAGGAAAACAGAACUAAAAGCUUUUGAUGACACAAAGGAGGGUGUCAAAGGCCUUGUUGAUGCUGGCAUAAUCGAGAUUCCUCGAAUUUUUCAUCAUCCACCAGAUCAGUACAACAUCAGCUAUUCAGAAGAGGCUCAGUUUAGCAUUCCAGUCAUUGACCUCGGAGGCCUUUCUGAUCCAACUAAACAAAAGGAGAUUGUUGCUAAAGUUGGAGAAGCAUCAGAGACUUGGGGCUUCUUCCAGAUAAUCAACCAUGGGAUACCUGUUGAUGUUCUUGAGGAGAUUAAAAAUGGGGUACGUCGGUUUUAUGAGCAGGACACUGAGGUGAAGAAACAGUUUUAUUGUCGUGACGACUUCAGCCGGCGUUGGCAGUACAAUAGCAACUUUGAUCUAUACAGUUCUUCAUCAACUAAUUGGAGGGACACUUUCCAGUGUUACAUGGCUCCUACCGCAACAAACCGAGAAGACAUGCCAGAAGUAUGCAGAGAUGAAAUUGCUGAGUAUUCAAAGGAACUUAUGAAAUUGGGGAAGAUAUUGUUCGAAUUGCUGUCCGAGGCUCUUGGACUAGAGCCAAGUCACUUGAAUGACAUAGGUUGUGGUGAGGGGCUCAUGGUUUUAGGUCAUUACUAUCCUGCUUGUCCACAACCCGAAUUAACUUUGGGCACAAGUAAGCAUGCUGACGGCGGCUUCCUCACUGUCCUUCUCCAAGAUCAUAUAGGUGGUCUGCAGGUUCUUCAUCAGAACAAGUGGAUUGAUGUUCCUCCUGUCACUGGGGCUCUAGUGGUCAACAUUGGUGAUCUUCUUCAGCUUAUAUCAAAUGACAGAUUCAAGAGUGUAGAGCACAGGGUACUUGCAAACCGUAGAGGUCCAAGGAUAUCCGUUGCGAGCUUUUUCUGCACAGGAAUGCUGCCAUCAACAAAGAUUUAUGGACCUAUCAAGGAACUAUUAUCAGAAGACAAUCCUCCAAAGUACAGGGAGACUACCGUGAGUGACUAUGUUGCGCAUGUCGAGCAGAAAGGCCUCAAUGGUAAAUCUGCCUUGUCUGAUGUCAAGCUUUGAUGUUUGAACAAUUGGAAAGAGAAGCACAAGGGCACUAUAUGAUACAUUCAACAUUAGUUAUAAAACUUAGUACUGCAUCUCGUACGUACGUGUUUGUUAGAAAUACGAACUC